AUGUGCAAGUCUAUAGAAUUGGCAAGAAAACGAAGUUUGUUGUAUGAUGCUAAAGCUAGUGAAUUUAGAUAUCGUGAAGAAAUCAUCAAUCCAUUGGUUGUGUCAAUUUUUAUUGAUAUUGAAUAUUGUAUUUGGUUUUCACGUAUCAUUGUGGAUGUUAACACUUCCAAUUGA